CAUGAUUGCAUGGCUAGUUCGUAUUCUGCUGCCCGAGUCUGGUCUGUGGGAGGGCCAUGUGACCUGAUCAGGUGUGUGAUCAAAAUGUGUGGCCUGAUCGCCUGAUUGCCUAGGUGCCUUAGGUGUUGACUCUCGACUGAGGCGCAAAGAUGGAGAUUGUUAUGUAACUCGGAUCGACGCAUGUCGUCAGCGGCAUUUCGAAUUUUGCCCAGUCAACCAGGACAGUGUAUUGUCGUUAAAUUGCAAUCCUCCACUUUUCAAGUCCUCCUCCACUAACGUCUCUAAUGACCCACGAGUCUGGCGUGUGCAUUCCACGCUGGUCCCUCCGCUUCAUUAUCGCGGUGUUCCACCUUCUGUCCAACGUGUGCCAGCGUGACCACCACCCAUGGGUCUUUGCGGGAACCCGAUUCUUGCAGUGUUCCAGAUGUUCCAGACUUCUCCCCCGCGGGGCUUUUGAUUGGGUCGUCUCGAGUUAUCCUGGACCAUUCUGCCAAUUAAAUGGUGGGGAAUGGGUCUGAGAGGAGAAGGCCAAACGUGUCGAUACCGCCACCCAGGCACACAGACUACAAGUGUUGUACUGGAACACAAAUCGUUCACGCACAAAGCGGCCGUUUCAGUGCAAAGGAACCGCUGACACUGUCAUCAUUAUUGUCGGUUUCUCGUUCGAGGCCAGCAGUUGGACCCUUUUUUUCUUCGGUUAAUGGCUGCGGGAUCGGCAAGGCCGCCCCUAUGCAUUACAAUUGACUGUUAACGAUUGACUAUCGACUAUCGAUCAGCCUGUCUCUUCUAAUAAUAACCGAGCUAAACCAGUCUGGAGUCUGGACCCCCCUCAGAAACCCACUUUUCUUUCAUUCUUGGACUUGCUUGUCUCACAUCGUCGGUCCGUUGAUCGUUCUUCGUUUUUCCGUCAUCACUCCGCUUUUUCUUUCUUUCUUCUGUUCUUCUCCGCUCCGGUCCUGUCGGUCGCUGCGCGAUUUUCUGCUCGACUACUCCCGUACUCCUCGUCCACAUUCAUGUCGACUUGUCAUUCGUUUUUCUUGUGAUCUUUUUCUGGCGGGACGUGAUGGAUUUGGAUCUGCGCCAGAGUCUAUGGCCUCGGGCCGAAGAGUCUGGGACUGACAAGUUUCUCUCGUUGAUCUCGAAUCCUUUUUACUCCCAGUUCCAAGUCAGCGCUAUCUGGGCCUCGCUGGGUACCUCUAUCGGCGUCUCCGUCCUCCUCGCUUUACUCUUCUCCCUCUUUCGACCCCGUCACAACGUCGUCUAUGCGCCCAAAGUGAAACAUGCCGAUCGUAAACACGCCCCUCCCCCGGUGGGCAAGGGCUUUUUCUCUUGGGUCAAACCUGUGAUCAAUACCCGCGAACCGCAGCUCGUCGAGACCGUUGGACUGGAUGCUGCGAUCUUUUUGCGCUUCACCAAGAUGUGUCGGAACAUCUUCAUCUUCAUCAGCAUCAUCGGAUUGUUGGUUCUAGUUCCGGUCAACAUCUCGCAAAGUAAAGCGACCGAGUCCAGCACCGUGACCGCAUUGAGCAAAAUGACUCCGCUCUAUGUAACCAAUCCAACCGCGAUCUGGAGUCAAGUCGUGUGCGCCUGGUGCUUUGAUAUCAUUCUCGCAUUCUUCUUGUGGAGGAAUUACAAGGCUGUGAGAGAUCUUCGACGACAGUACUUCCAGAGCUCAGAGUAUCAGCGGAGUCUACAUGCUCGAACCCUCAUGGUCUCCGACAUUCCUCCCCAGGACCGCUCCGAUGAAGGCAUUAUGCGUAUCACCGAUGAGGUGAAUCCCACAGCUGCACUUCCCCGGGCUGCGAUUGGCCGCAAUGUACGUGACCUGCCCGUUAUCAUUAAAGAGCACGAGGACAAUGUCCGGGAGUUGGAAUCCGUCCUCGCCAAGUACCUCAAACGACCAGACCAAUUACCGGCUAAACGACCCACCAUGCGUCCGCCCAAGAGCCAGAGAAAAAAGCAUCCCGGUGGCAAGGUGGAUGCUAUUGAUUACCUGACGGUGCGCAUCCGCGUUUUGGAGGAAGAAAUCAAGCACGGACGGGCCUCGAUUGACCGCCGUAAUGCGAUGCCAUAUGGGUUUGCUAGUUGGGAGAAUAUCGAGCAUGCGCAUGCCGUGGCAUGGACUGCCCGAAACAAGCAUCCCAAGGGUACCACCAUUGCCCUCGCACCUCGACCUAGUGAUCUUAUCUGGGAGAACCUGCCCUUGUCCAAGGGGGCGCGCAAGUGGAAGCGUUUCCUCAAUGUUAUUUGGGUUACUGCUCUUACUUUGGUGUGGAUCGUUCCUAACGCUCUUAUCGCGGUGUUUUUGUCCAACCUGAACAACUUGGGCGCCGUUUGGCCAAAGUUCCAAACUUCGCUCUCGGCGGAUCCCAACGUCUGGGCCGCCGUUCAGGGUAUUGCUUCUCCUGCAAUUACUUCACUCGUAUACCUGGUAUUGCCAAUUAUCUUUCGACGCCUUUCGAUUCAGAGUGGGAGCAAGACCAAGACGUCUCGCGAACGGCAUGUCUUGGGCCAGUUGUAUGCGUUCUUCGUGUUCAACAAUUUGGUCGUCUUCUCGCUGUUCUCGGCCGCGUGGUCUUUUGUCUCUGCUGUGAUCGACAAGACCAACACCGAUGAGGGUGCCUGGCAGGCUAUUGUUGACAGUAAUCUGUACUACAAGUUGAUGAGUGCUUUGUGUACUGUAUCGCCUUUCUGGGUGACUUAUAUCUUGCAACGCAACUUGGGAGCUACCAUUGACCUGGUGCAAAUGAUCACCUUGGCCUGGGUCUGGUUCGCCAAGACUUUCCUCGCGCCUACACCUCGCCAGUCGAUCGAGUGGACCGCUCCGCCGUCGUUUGACUAUGCAAGCUACUACAACUACUUCCUGUUCUACGCAACUGUUGCAUUGUGCUUCGCUACCCUUCAGCCCAUUGUGCUGCCCGUGACGGCACUCUACUUUGGUGUCGAUGCCAUGCUGAAGAAGUACCUCCUCAUGUACGUGUUCGUGACCAAGAACGAGUCUGCCGGAGCUUUUUGGCGUGCUCUGUUCAACCGACUUGUCUUUGCAAGCAUUCUCGCCAACAUCAUCGUUGCACUCGUCGCCAAGGUUCAGGGUACCUGGACCAUGGUUUACUGCAUCAUCCCAUUACCGUUAUUGAUGCUGGGCUUCAAGUUCUACUGCUUGAAGACCUUCGACGCCGAUAUCAUGUACUAUAAUCGCGCCAACCUUACCGACGCCGAAGCCGUCGGUGGGUCGAAGAUGAGCAAAAAGGCCGCUGAUCGCCUGAAUGCUAAAUUCGGCCACCCAGCCCUCUACAAACCGCUGAUGACCCCCAUGGUCCACGCCAAGGCUGCAGAAGCUCUUAAGGAGAUUUACCAGGGCCGACUAGACCAUAGUGACAUGAUCAACGAAUACUCCGACAUCGCCAUGGACCCUAUGCUCCCCUCACAACCAGGCAAGGCCGAGCCCGCUCCGUUCGAAGUCGUCCCCGAAGCCCAUCUAGACUUCUCAUACUACAAGGAUCGCGCCGACUUCCGCGAAGAAUUCGGCGGCGGUAUUUAUGGCAGACCGGAGGAUUUGAUGACGGAACGCUCGCAGACACCACGCAGCAUGCUCGGCGGCGAAUGGUCACCUUCUUCAUCACGCGCCUCCUCACCCGCACCAUCUCUCCCCUCUUUACCAGGAUUGAAGUUGCACGAAGGCUACCAGGAUCCGGACCAGGGUCAUAUCCACCCAGCCUUCCGCGUCCCUCUCUCCCGAGGCGACAGCGGAAACGGGGCGUAUCCACCUGACGAACUUGAAAAUCGUCUUCUGAGUCACGCACAGACACCCGGACAAGUAGAUACGAAUCCGCUCGACCGCUGGCGAACAGGUGGAUACGGUCCUGUCGAGCAGGACGAUGAUCCAUAUCAGACUUCGUACGAGGCGUACCGUGGAGCGCGGUAGAGAGUCCCUGGCCGUACCGACAUGGCUGGUGCUUUUUUUCUCAUCUUCUGUGAAAAUCAUCUCUGUCUGCAUAUAUUUGUUUCAUACUUUUUCAGUCUUGUUUAUUUUGGCGAUCUUUUUUGGGUAGAGGGUUGGCUGCUGGGGCGUUAGAGGGGCCUGGUUGCUCUUCUGUACAUACCUACCUUCAUUGAGUACGAUAUUACGAAUAUUUUUCUAUCUUUGGCCGAACCUCUAGGUUGAGGGUCUGUGGAAAUAAAGGCUCUAUCCAGUGUACAACAUCUUAUCUUGUGGCAUCAGUGUUAGGAGUCCAGUAACAGCUGAAUAUGGC